UGAGAUUUGGCAGCUGAUGACUGCUGCGCGAUUAGUAAACAAACGAUCGUUCGCUUCAAGGCAUCUCAAUGCCAGAUACCCGCAGUGACAGCAGCAGCAUCUCGAGGGCGACCGAUGAGGACGCAGACUGGGAGGACCUAGCGGGAGACCACCACCCGGCAGCCAUGUUGGACGAGGUGUCCUCCACCGUGAACCAGCUGGUCCAGCAGGCCAGGAGUCAUCUGAAGGACACGAAGGUGUACCGGGCCUUCUUCAAGGACAGCCCGAUACUGUCCACCAGCCUCGCCAUCGGGGUUGGCGUGCUCAGCCUGCCGGCACUGACCUUUGCCAGCUUCAUCAUUGUCCUCUGCCUCCUCACCUUCCUGGGCUUCCUCUUCGUCGAGGGGACGCUAAUCACCUUCGGAGUGAUCGUCACGGCCGGCAUCCUGGUGUUUGUCGGGACGUUUCUGGUGAGCUUAGGUUGCUGCCUCUACGCCACCUUCUACGUCCUCCAAAAGCUCGGGCUGAUCCGCGACCCUGAAGCCGAAGCCGAUGCGUCCAAGAGACGCGAGUAGAAGCCAAAGCCGAUGCUUGGAAGAAACGCGAGUGGCGGUCCCUUUUCUUUUCUCAGAAAGAGCCGACACCUCGCGUUGUCUUCACUGGUGUUGUGAAAGCCACUGUGUUAGUGUGAUGGAAUUACAUUUGGGUUACCUGGGUCCAAGUAUAGUAACUAAGUUGGGACAAAACUGCUCGAUGGGUAACUAUAUCACUGUAGAAGGUAUUGAAAUGCACCUCGGCAAUGCAAAGACCCAUUUUUGUCUUUUUUUUUUUUUUUUUGUUGCCUUCAGCAAAUCUUGCACACAGUAUUAAAUAAGUGUGGCAUCUAAGUGGGAUACUGAUCAUCUGAACCAAUCGAGUUUUUCUGGAGAUUUCAGCAUAUGUAAUGUUUUUGAUGAUUUACCCAAUUACUUGCCUUUCUGCAUUCACCAGUGCUGAUUGAUAUUUCAUACCCACUGUCGUAAGCAUGCUGUUAGGUAAAGUGCCACGGUUCAAUGGCUAGAAUGUGUAUGUUAAAAAACCGCUGAAAAGAAGAAAAGCAUUUUUUUUAAUAGUCUGUUUGGGACAUGCGUGUCAAAAAAUUAAUUUUACGCGAAAAAAAAAACAAUUUAGAGCAAUAUUGUUAGUGCGAGACGCGAUUUAGUCGGUAGUCACCUCGUUUCCACUUGUUUUCCUUCUCGGCAUUUCGGACGCAUGGAGGAGAGGUGGAUCGGCUUCGUUUUCACGUUGAGGUGGAAAGAGCGGAAGACCGACAUGAUCAUUCCGGAAUGACCCGCAGGGGCAGAUACAGAACUCCGUUUUGAGGGGGGGGGGGGGGGGGGGGGGGGGCGGGGGCGGGGGCGGGGGCGGGGGCGGGGGCGGGGGCAAAAAUUUGUAAGGAUACUAUUCUCCCAUUCUUUCUUGUGCACCGGUGGGUCCACCCAUGUCGAAUUGCCCUUUGAGAAGGGGGGGAGGGGGGGAGGUCGACUUCGUAUGGGGGGGGGGGGGGGGCGGCAGCCCCCGUCGCUCCCCCCCCCCCCCCCUUGGAUCCACCCCCGAUGAUCCGUGAUGUCAUGGACUUUGCGCACAGAACUUCAAAUAAACCUCUCGCUGUCAAUAUUGCUCUAAAAAAAUUUUUUUUUUUGCAUAUUUAUUUAUUUUUUGACGUGAGUGUCCCAACCAGACUGUUGAAAAAAAGCAUUUUUUUUUCUUUUCAAAAACUCUUUAAGGGAAGCUUUAAAAAAAUAAAAGCUUUCAUUAACUUUAUAUAGGCCAAUCGCUUGAGACAGUUUAAAUGUUUAAUCGUAGUGGAAAUAUUAAGUUGCCACAGUACCUGGCCAAGUUACUUUGCAUCCCAAGCAAUUACUAGCAACCAAUAUGCAUGUGCUACUUUACAGCUCUGCUCGUAACACUUUUUCUAUGUCUGUGUACCCAACUGUAGCGUUUUGUGAUGGUCGUUGGUUUGGGCGCAAGGCCCUCGAGCAUUCCAACGCGCGGAUACGGGCCUCAACGUUACCAAAGGUGAGGGUUACAGGCGGGAGGUCGAAACCUUGGAGUUUCCAAGGCUACGAGUCGCAGCGUCAUUUUCUACAGCACAGACGCGAGAUAAAUCGAAGCCCGUAGUCCACUGAAAACAACAGUGGUGUCUACACCGCUGACCAAAGCCCCUCCAUACAGGAAAGUAGCAACAAUCCGUCGUUUCCUAUGGUCUGUGACAAGUGGCGAAUCCGGUAGAUGUACGUCGCCUCUAGCAUGAGCUUUCUGCGUUUGACAGCUUUUCGUUGCACGUGCAGCCACAACCUGGCAGAAAGCAAAAGUUGGUGGAGCAUUCAGUGGGUUUUAACCUGUCGCCGGCUAUAAAAGUGUUCUAAUGGCACUCGCACUGAAAAAAAUAAAGGGUAGAUGGUACAAAAAAAAAAAAAGUUUAAACCAAGCUGUUGCUACCCCCUUUCUCUAUGGUUCACAUUUUUCAUUCUUCUUUAUUACGCGAAGCGUGCAUCAAUGAGCCAACGGCGAAAUUCAGAGUUGUCGCUACUCUUUCGUUUAGAGGGAGCUUUGCUGCCAGCCUAAGUCACGGCACCGCCCAUGUGUCGGUCUGGCAUUGUGUCGAGCGGAGCAAAGUGUGAUCGGUAGUGUGUCUUCAGAAGUUGUAAUAAUGGCUUGCAGGUCAAGCUGUGGUCUUUUCUCUUGUUUUACAAUAUUUGUGCUUUAUACAGCAUGUUUUCUUUUUCAGUGUUUGACUACGCUGCCUCUGUACUGUUUUACUGGAUCACUAUAAGUGAUCGGCACUUGUACCUGCAUUAUUUUGUUCUCUGUUUCAAAUAAAGAGUACCGAAUGGCCUCUCUUAAUGA